AUGAGCCCCUCUCUCCCCCCGCCUCCUGCGAUCUCUAUGGUUCAGCCGGACACACAGGCGGCGGCGGCGGCGAGGGACGGACGGACGGACGGAGCCGCGGCGGGAGCGGGGCCGCGGCGCCCGCCCGGCGCCAAUUCCGCUCUGCGGCCUCGGCAAGGCGAGCUCUUCCCCCUCCCCGACCCCUCCGGGCUGCGCCCCGACGCCCUCGCCCGUCGCUCUCCGCCUCUGCGGGGAGCGGGCGGACCGGCCUGCCGGGGCCCGGCGGGGGCGGCGGGAGGUCAGGGCGGGCGGGCGGGCGGCCGGCGGCGGCCGGCCUCCCCGCCCCGCACCCCCCUUCCUCGGCGGGCGGCCCGCCGCCGGGGCCGGGGCCGGGGCCAGGCGUGUGUCUGGCGGGGCCGCGUGGCGGCCGAGCCGCAGGGAGGGGCGGCGCGGGCAGGUCCUGUGCCGCCGCCGUUCCUGCGGAGGGCGGGCGAGGAGGGCGGCUGAAGCGGCUGGGGGGUGGUGGGGGGGGUGUGUGUGUGGGGGGGGGGUCGUCUGUCUGCUGUGUCUCCCCCCCCGCCGCCGUUUCUCUCCUUUCUUCCCUCCCUCCCGCCUUCCCCUCCCCGCCCCAUCUGUUACAGGCUUGCGGAGCUGUGGCUUUUUGAAAUUAAACGUGAUCUUUACUGUACCAGCUGGGGUCUGUAAUGUAUCUGAUAAAUGAAGCUCUUCCCGUCGGUUUCAGGUCAUGCAAGGAAAAGGGCAAAGCUGGGGAGGGAGCUGGGCGGGGUUUCCCUCCGCUCUUCACGGUCAGGCGAGAGGAGUCUGGUUGAUGUCUGCAGCAGAUAAAGGAGACGAGAGGAUCAUCAAAAGACCCCAGAGCCCUUUUAUCUUUCUGCCGUUUUUUCCCCCUCUAAUUUCAUUUAUCGUUGCCGUGUUGUCUGUCUGCUCGUUUCCCCCCUUCAGAAGGGGUCGGGAGCACCAGGGCCCUGGCUGAGGUAGUAGUUUGUGCUGUUGGUCGGGUUGUGACAUUGCCCGCUGUGGAGAUAACUGCGCAAGCUACUGCCUUGCUAGUGCUGGUGAUGAUCAGCUGCAGAUGAAGACAAUGACAAUGGGAAUCCCCUUUGUUUUCCCGGGAUUGCAUGCUGCUGAGGUGGCAACAAUUCCUUCUCCUACUUCUGCAGAAGGAGUCUAGCCUUGGCCACAGGGAUGAGUAGUGGGGUUCGACCCCGUCAGGAGGAUGCUGUUCCUUUCGCAGAGCUGGAUGAAAAACCAUUAGUUUCGCGCUGUUUGGAGGGCGCCUGAAUUUGGGCUGAAGAGCAAAUGUCUGCAUUUCUUCUCGUGCUUAGACCUUAUUAUUCACACAGCACCCUUGAAAGAGGUGGAUUUUCCAUUUUGUGGGGACAGAGAUCAAUGAUGGACUUGUAUUUUCUGUGCUCUGAAUAUGCAAAACUUGUACGUGUGAUAUUAAGUGCUCUUGUUUGAAUGGUAAAAAAGCCUGAAUGUUUAUCUAACAAAAGCUAAAAGAUGUAAUUACCACUUUCCUUACAUUGAUAAGAUAGUCUUUUUACAGUAUAGUUGACUAAUUGUACUGCUUGGUGCUGUCAAUUUUUUAGGUGAACUUCUGAGAUUUUCCCUGUAUAUUUUGACUUACUUAUUGUGAAAAGCAAACCCGUGCAUCUGCUACUGUGACUUAACUAAAAUUGCUGGUAUAUUUAUAGUGAUGGCUAAGGGUAUCUUUCUGAUACGAAUUUUAGUGUGUUGAUCACUUAUUACAAUGGCUUAAACUUGGAAUAUAUUAAAGCAUUUACAAUAAAUGUG